AUGUCCGACAUCUGUGACUUCGAGUGGUCCAACAAUCGGUACCGACACAAUCUGACCAUCUCGGAGCUAAAGCUCGGCUUCAAUCGCAACGAACCGACCGAUCGCAGCCGGGCACUGAUCGCGCUGAAGGAGCUGAUCGGUGCGAGCCGGGAUUAUGCGCUGAAAGACAAGUCCUGCUUCCAGGACGAUGAGUUCCUGUUUCGGUUCCUGUACGCGCGCAAGUUUGCCGUGAACGAAGCGUUCCAGCUGAUCAUCAACUAUCACGCGUACCGACAGCGCAACGCGGUGCUGCUGCAGCGGCUGUCGGUGUUGGACGAAACGAUACAGAUCGCCCUGCGGGACGGGUUUCCGGGUGUGCUGCCGAACCGGGACCGGCGUGGCCGGAAGGUGCUGGUGUUCUUCACGGCCAACUGGGACUACGCGUCCUACUCACUAGUCACCGUGUACAGGGCGAUGCUGCUGUCGAUCGAGAAGCUGCUGGAGGAUAAACAGAACCAGGCGAAUGGGUUCGUGGCCAUCGUCGACUGGACCAACUUCACCUUCCGCCAGUCGUCCAACCUUAACCCGAAAGUGCUGAAGCUGAUGAUCGAAGGAUUACAGGAUUGCUUCCCGGUGCGGUUCAAGGCGAUCCACUUCAUCGGUCAACCGUGGUACGUGGAGGCAGCGCUGGCCGUGAUCCGGCCGUUCCUGAAGGAGAAAACUCGCGACCGGAUAAAGCUGCACGGUAGCAACCUGUCGACGCUGCACGAUUGUGUCGCCCGGGACAUCCUCCCGACCGAGCUCGGCGGUGAAGGUCCCACGUUCAACCCGCUCAACUGGUACCACGAGCUGCUCGAGUCAAGCCAAACCGUCACCAAGCCGGCCCCGUCGUACUGUUUGAGUCAAACGCAAGUCUACACCAAAUCGCCGGCCCAGUUCGUCCCGGGGGAGCACCGGAAGGACGCGGACCGCUCGCCUACGCCAUCGCCACCUGCCUCGCUUUCGUCGUCGCACGGCACCGAGUUCCUGAAGGCGGCCACCAAGGCGGCGGCCGUCAAGAUCGGAGUGCUCACGGCGAAGGCCAACGAUCCGGCGACGAACACGCUGCUCGGCGUGACGGCCGGUGCCGGCGGGUGCGACUUGUGA